AUGUCUCCAAAACUAUUGGUAUUUUUUACGGCAUUAUUUGCUGUUUGUGCUGCGGACAAGCAUACUGAGAAAAGAAGUGCAGCUGGUUGGGAUGUGACUGGACUUAUCCCUGGCCUAGUACAAGUAGCUGGCGUGUCCAUGCCGAGCAGCGGUUGGUCAUCAGAAUCCAGUUCUGAUGUUGCUGGCGCUAUAGCGGCUGCGAAGGCUGCAGCGUCGGCUGUCAUGGCAGCCCAGAAGCAAGUCGCAGCUGCUAAACAUGCAGCACUGGAACAACAAAGUGCCGCUAGUGCUAAAGAGGCAGAAGCAGCACACGCCGCACAUAAAAGUGAAGAAGCUUCAAGAUUAGCUCGAGCCCAAGCUCUUGAAUCAGCACAAGCGGCUGUACACUCUCAGGCUCAACUCGCAGCAGCAAAGGCUCGCGCCGCCGCUGCGCAGAAAAUUUCAGCAGCCCGAGAAGCUGCUGCGGCUAUGGCAAUUCAACGAGCUGCCCAGAACCAGGCUGCUAAGCUCCAAAAUGCUGAUUUGGAAGCUUUAAAGCUCUCAGUAAUACAAAGUUCAGGGGCCGCUGGUGCAGCUGGCGCAGCUCAACACGCCGCUACAGCUGCAGCUGCUGCACUGCGUCCAGCUGUAUGGAAUCCUACCUGGAAAGCUGGCUGGACUCCAUCUGCUGCAACUUGGACAUGGUCAUAA